AUGGCGGGUACGCGUAUCAAUGAGUUCAAUCAAGAGAUUGGGUUUGCCAUUGAGAACUGGAGUACCAGGGAACUUCCACAGCGGGUCACUUUUACCGGUAAAUACUGUGAACUUCAGCCUUUGAACAUUGAGAAACACGCUUCGCAGCUGUAUGAAUCUUAUGAAAGCUCCGGCAAUUCGAUUUGGACUUAUGUGCCCUGUGGCCCAUUCGCUAGCCUCCAGGAUUUCAAAGGUUUCAUCAAUAAAUGUAACUCAGAUGACAAAUCUGUAUUUUUUGCCGUUAUCGACAAGAGUUCCGGGCGUGCCGUUGGUAUGAUUUCUUUGAUUAGUGUUAACGAGCAGAAUGGUUCUAUUGAGGUCGGAUAUGUUAUUUACUCGGGUCACCUUAAGAAAACUCCAAUUGCUACCGAAGCUCAGUAUUUGCUGAUGAAAUACGCCUUUGACGAGUUGAAAUACCGAAGAUAUGAAUGGAGAUGUGAUAGUCUCAAUAAGCCUUCGAGUAAUGCUGCUAAGAGAUUAGGUUUCACAGUAGAGGGCACCUUUCGUCAGGCAAUGGUUUACAAAGGACGUAGCCGUGAUACCACUUACCUUUCAAUCAUUGAUAGCGAAUGGAAGACUUGUCAAGAAGCCUUCGAAAAGUGGUUGAGCCCCGAUAAUCUCGUAAACGGUGUCCAAAAGCGUAGUUUGAACGAUAUCCGGGACCAGUGUAGAGAGAAAUCCAAAUAA